GCCAUUUUCGAGUAACACUAUCAGCAGAAGAUGGUGCAUCUAACAAAACUCUUACGCCACGGCGGUCCUUCGCCAUACCAUACUAAUCCCAGACUUAUGAUUGGUGCUGGGAAAGAGGUUCUUAAUAAGGAUAGCCAUUAUAGCAGUCUGCUGCCCAUCCACAUUGUAACACUUGGGGGUUGUGUAAUUUGUGUAUGGUACAUGGCCAGGUCUCUGUUCUUCAGCUCAGAUGUUAUGUUGAAGAAGGAUAGCCGCUCUCAUCCAUGGUUACUAAAGUCCAGCCAACAUCAAUACAAGCUGUUCUCCUUUAGUUUGAAAUACAAGGAUUUGGAAAACCACCCAGACCACCCAAAAGGAUUCCACGAUAGAGUACUCUUGACCAGCAAAGAUUACUUCAAGCUGUCAGGCCACGGGCAUGAAGAUGGAGAACAUGCAGAGUAAAGUAGACCAACAAGCAACACCAUGUUUCAUGCGGAUAUUAAUUACACAUUUGUAAAUAAAGGAUAGUAUUUCUAAUUACCACCCAGGACUUAAACAUAGAGAGCUACGUCAAUUGGCUGAACCAACUUCUUACUUGAGAUAUGCAGUUGUUUGAUGCCUUAGAGUUUGUCACACAUCAAAACAAUAUUUAUACUGGUGGUAAAAAUGAAUGUGAUAGAGGUUGAAUGUAUCUUCUGUGUGUUUCAGUGUACCUUUUUAUGGAAGCCAACACCAUCAAGCUUCAUGAUAAGGCCUAUUCUUUGGAAUAAAAGUUUUGUUGUUUUGA